AUGUGGGUGGCUGUGGGCAUGCUCUGGCUCCUUGCCCUUGGGGGGCCUCACCAGGCCUGGAGCUUCUGUCCGUCUCUAUGCAGCUGCAGCCUGCACAUCCUGAGUGAUGGCAGCAAGGCCAGGACAGUGGUGUGCAGCGACCCUGACUUGACCUUGCCACCAGCUUCGAUUCCUACAGACACCUGCAAGCUGCGCUUGGAAAGGACUGCCAUCCGUAGGGUGCCUGGAGAGGCCUUCCGGCCUCUCAGCCACCUGGAACAGCUGUGGCUGCCUUACAAUGCUCUCAGCGAGCUCAGUGCCCUCAUGCUCAGGGGCCUGCGCCGCCUGCGAGAGCUGCGUCUGCCUGGGAACCGCCUGGCUGCUUUCCCCUGGGCUGCGCUCAGGGACGCUCCACAGCUGCAGCUGCUCGACCUGCAGGCCAAUCGCCUGUCGACCUUGCCACCUGAGGCUGCACACUUCCUGGAGAACCUUACUUUCCUGGACCUUUCCAGCAACCAGCUGAUGAGGCUUCCCCUGGAGCUGCUAGACACCUGGGCUCACCUGAAGAUCGGACCCUUCCAUUCAGGUCACCAUGCUAGGCUAGUUCUAGGGCUUCAGGACAACCCCUGGGUGUGUGACUGUCGAAUCUAUGACCUGGUUCAUCUCCUAGAUGGCUGGACUUCAAACUUGGUCUUCAUCGAACCUAGACUGAGGUGUGCCAGCCCACGCAGCCUGGCUGGAGUGGCCUUCAGCCAGCUGGAGCUGAGAAAGUGUCAGAGCCCAGAGCUCCGUCCAGGGGUAACCAGCAUCAUAUCCCCUUUGGGUAGCACAGUAUUGCUACGUUGUGGAGCAACUGGGAUCCCAGGCCCUGAGAUGAGCUGGAGGAGAGCCAAUGGACGUGCACUCAAUGGCACAGUGCACCAGGAAGUCUCCAGUGAUGGCUCAAGCUGGACUUUGCUGGAUCUUCCUGUUGUGUCUCUCUUUGACUCUGGAGACUACAUCUGCCAGGCCAAGAACUUUCUAGGGGCUUCUGAAACCCUUAUCUCCUUAAUUGUCACUGAGCCCCAGACUUCUACAGAGUAUAGCGGGGUUCCAAGGGCCCUGUGGGCAAGGACAGGGGAGGGGGCCGAAGCUGCUGCUUACAACAACAAGCUGGUGGCCAGGCAUGUUCCCCGUAUUCCUGAGCCUGUAGCCCUGGCCACCAAGCCCUCAGUGCCCAGGACAAAAGAGGAGCUGGAGCUCCAGCACUUUCAGAUGGAUGUCCCAGGAGAGUUCUCCAGAGAGCAAGCAGAACAGCAGGAGGCCCAGAUGGUCAGGUCUCUCAAGGUGGUGGGAGACACUUACCACAGUGUGUCACUGGUGUGGAAAGCCCCUCAAGCUGGGAACACGACUGCCUUUAGUGUCCUUUAUGCAGUCUUUGGGCAGAGUGACAUGCGAAGGAUGAUUGUGGAGCCUGGGAAGACGAGUGUCACCAUCGAGGGGCUUGCUCCAAAGACUAAGUAUGUGGCAUGUGUCUGUGUGCGGGGCCUAGUGCCAACGAAGGAACAGUGUGUCAUCUUCUCUACUGACGAGGUGGUAGAUGCCGAGGGCACCCAGCGGCUCAUCAACAUGGUGGUGAUCAGCGUGGCAGCCAUCAUCGCGCUGCCCCCCACCCUGCUCGUUUGCUGCGGGGCUCUGCGAAGACGCUGCCACAAGUGCCGCACAGGCACCCCAGCAGAGGCGUCGGGUGCCUAUGUGAAUUUGGAAAGACUGGGCCACAGCGAGGAUGGUUCGGAACUGUCCAGGAGCAGCCUCAGUGAGGCAGACAGGCUUCUCUCAGCACGGUCCAGCCUGGACUCCCAGGGCUUGGGAGUCAGGGGUGGCAGACGUAUCAAUGAGUACUUCUGCUGAGCCUGAGUCCCCACUCCUCACACCUGCCUAGCCACUCUCCCCCUUCAGUCUCACACACUUUCACACCUGAUUGUGUGCUCAGCCACCCUUAAGUACCUUAAGGGUACUUGCUUACAUGUACAUUUGCAUCAACAACAGCUGACACAGCUUAAUAAGCACUUACUGUGUGCUAGCAAGUGUCCAAAGCACUGCAUAGGUGUUAGCUCACCGGACUCUCACAACAACCAUUAGUAUCAGGCCUCAUAUUUCUCUCUAUUUUC